AUGACGUUGAGAUGGGACGCCAAUCUUAAAAGGAUCGCCCCCAAGGCGGCUAGCAGUCGUCACCCCGGUCUGCCGCUGGCUCAAGUCCUCAAGCAGGCACGCAGAAAUCGGCAGCGCGAACGACAUGCUACAGUAUGGCGGAGUGCAGGAGUUCACAUGUUUGCAGUCGUGGCAGGCUACGGUUCCAUGCGAUGCAUUGACAGCAGCAAAUGUCCACAACACCGUAAAGCCAGUAAGCAGAUGGAUAUGGCUCACGAUCUCGUUAGACGGGGGCUGGAAAGAGACCCUACAAGCUGCGAGUGUUGGUUCCAACUCCUUCCAGGCUACGUCGUGGGCGGCGAGUGCCGGGCCCUGAGGCAGUGGGCAGGCCGCAGCAAAUACGGGUUGCAGCGUCUUUUGGCCAGCUUCUCCAGGGCUGCUGAGGACGAAUACGAGCAGGAAUUGAGGGUUUUCCAAUCGAGCGGCGUUGUGCUCGAUACGGCACCCGAUGGCCUUGGCUACUCCAUCACAGAAGUAUUGGCGUCCCGCUCCGCAGGUAACGGUACUUUAGAGGAGAAGGACGAUCCCUGCUUCAAGGGCAAAUGGCCCCUGUUGCCUCGCAAACAGGCACGUUCAAGUUUUCCAACAAGUACGAUCCCUACAGGCCACGCAUACUGUGGGAUGAGAGUCAAGGACCGGCCGGCAGGGCAGAACGUUGCGCAACCGUCGAACCGAACGGCAAGCCGCAACGUCCAGUCUCCUCAGUCUCUCGCCUGGGAUCGAAGCUCUCGCGGGUGGCCAAAAGACACCGCAGCCGCCCCCGUAGCAACGCGGCUGAAAGAGGUGAUAGGGCGGGCGCUAUUCUGGGAGCUGGAGCGGUCAGAUGAUGUGUCUAGAAGUUCCCCUCAAGUUCUCAACGGCUAA